AUGGAGAGUAAAAUGCCACAACCUGCACAAGGUAAAAUUUUAUCAUAGAAAAAUGUCUUGGAACAUUCCUCUAUCUCUCAAUUUCUUUUCACCUUUUCUUUCUUUUGUCAAUAAGGAGCGAGUUCUUCGACUGCCAAUCCGCAGAGCACCACUAAUUCCAGCCAAAAUUCUCCUGGAAAAUACGCAGAGCUUUUAGCAGUGAUCGAAGAAUUAGGAAAAGAUAUUCGUCCUACCUAUGCUGGCAGUAAAAACGCCGCUGAACGUUUAAAGAAGGGUAAGACAAAAGCUACUUAAGAAAAUUUUUUCCUUGUUGGCAAUUACCCUUUGCAAAAUAUGAAAGAUUUCUCGUUUAUCUCCGUAAUCAAAACCUUAGAAAUUCCUCAAAUGUUUUUGGUGCAUUCGCAACUUCAUUUUCCACUAAUUGUUCUGCACAGCUGUUACGAGACUGUGUAAUCAGACAGUGGAAGCAGCCAACCAUACUAAGUCCACUCAGUUAAAUCCAGCAAUCACAGAAUUGAUUACAACAAUCAUAGCAACAACCACUUAUCCAUAGAAAAACUGGGGAAUUUACAAAGAGGAGGAAUUUUCAAAUUAAGACAUUGUCUCCACUGGGGAUAUUUGUUCUAGAUGUAUUUGUUUUUUCGGAAAUUGAAAUGAUUAUGAUUAAUUGGUAACAGGACUUCUUCUUGUCCAAUUCUGUCUGUAAUCAUAUUCAUGAUAAACAAAUCGGACUCCCACUUGGUGGUCAUCCAAUUUUGUUAAUCCCUUGUAUGAUUACAGACUAAAUUGAACUCCGCUUGGACCUAUAAACCACUAUUAAUCAAAACUAAAACAAAAUUCUUGAACAUGAUUGGUUACCACCAGCUCAAUUUGAGCACUAAUAGGACAUUGCACGCAUCAUGCUCAUAAUUGAUAAUGGUAAUAAAAUAGUUAAAGGGAAGAUUAGCACAAUCAGAACACAUCAUGCACAUGCACUGUUGUCUUUCGUUUCACUGAGUUAACUGUUGUUUAUUUAUUUGAAUGAAAAUGUAGAACGGAUGUCUAGUUUCCUUCCAAAUUUUGUCAUAAUUUUGAUUAAUUGGUAACAAGACUUUGUAGCUUUGCGUCAUCUAAUUCUAUCUGCAAUCAAACUCAUGAUUAACAAAUCAGACUCCUGCUUCACAGUCGUCUGAUUUUGUUUUUCACCUGUAUGAUUACAGACCAAAUUGGAUUCCACUUGGUUGCAUUACCAUUAUUAAUUAAGGAAGCUAUUACUGUACGUUUACUGAAACUGUAGGCAUUCAAACAACAGAAAGUUAUCAGUGGGUAUAACUGAAAUGAUAGAUUCCUACAGUUCUAAAUUUUGAGUAGGUAACCAUGCUAUUUCAACUUGUUCACUGAUGUUUAUUUGACUAUGAAUUUCAAACCCUUGACCCCCCCUCUCCCAAUGCAAGUUUUAGACUUCUUCAAGUUAUCUGUUCUCGUGAUUUCCCUAGGUAUUAUGCAUGCUAGGGUGUUGGUUAGGGAAUGCCUCGUGGAAACUGACAGAUGUGCAAGACAGUAACACCAAUGACCAGGUCAGCUCUUGUCAAGAAUAAAUGUCUGUUAUGAAGUAACAUUUCAAGAAAGCUGGAAGAUGUGGCCAUGGAAAGCUGUAACUGGAGAAGAAGUAUGAUGCAUCAAGCAAUUAGCAAAAUUCUCUGAUUCAAAAAUGCAUUUUUCAAUCUCUGAAGUCCAAACUUUUUCACCCUGGGAGCUAAAGAAAACUAUACAAUCAUGUAGAUGAUAUUUUGAUAGAGAAGUAUGCUCCAGAAAGCAUAUAACUUUCCUCUCUGCAAUGAAAAAUUGUAAAGAAAUUUUUCUCUUGCUGCUGUUUUUAUUCAUAUUUUUUAAUAAUAAGCUUAAACCUUUAUAAAAUUGUUGUGAAGGGUGUUAAAAGUUUGUCCAGGGAUGUCACCACUUUGAACUUUGUUCUGCAAACUGGCUGCUAACAUAUAAAGUAAUAAACCUUUACUUUGCAACAUGGAAUCAAUUUGAACAUGAGCUCAGGCUGAAUGAGGACAUAGAGGUGGAUAAUGAAGCAAGAACUGUUUGAGAAGCACAAGUUUUGGAUCCUGCCAUCUGAAUUGAAUUUUAAGACAUCAUUCAUAUGCAGCCAGGUUACUGAGCUGUUUUUAAAAUGGUGGCAUUGGAAGCUUAAUUGUUAGCACAUGAGAAAACUUUUUUUUAAAGGUCAGUGAUCUGAAAGAGGUCCUAAAAAGCAACGAGUAUUGAAUGGCAGAGAUGGAAAUUAUGAUAUCUGCAGCAAACCUCUCCUUUAACAUACAUUACUUAAAAGAAAAAAAAACAACAACAACAAGAAAUAAAAAAACAGUGAAGUGCUAUUGAAUAUCAGUAGAAGGACUAUGUAUAAUUAGAGCUGUGAGGUUCAAACCUAUUGUAUACUCAGUACAUGUAACUAAUAUUGAUAUAGUAUUUAUAAUUACAAUUGAUUUGCAAAUAAAAGUAAUCAAUCCAAUAUGAAGGACACCUUUAUUUAUUGCUAGAGAUGUACAUGUAUUAAUUGCCAGAAUUCAAUGGUGUGUUGAAUGGUUUGCUGCAAAUUUUAAACUAUAUGAUGUACCAGAGGAAGUUUUUCUGAUUUUCAUGGCAACAAUACACGUGAAAGUAUUCCUUUCAAAUGUUUAGCUAAUGUAGAUCAAGUAACAGAUGUAAUUUGAUGACUCAUUUCUGAUUAUGAAAUUGUUCAUUUCCUAACUCUCGCAAGAGAAAUACCAUGAAGUAACCAUAGAAUGAUUAUAAAACAACCUCCCCUAGCUUUGUUCUUUUGAGUUGACACACCUUAACCCUGUUACUCCCAAGAUCUCAAUGGUAAUUCUCCUUGCUGUCUGGCAUACCAUUCCUACAAUGACGGUUUUGUUGAUUUUGUAUCUCACCAACUAGUUAUCCCCAAUAGAUAUAACCAUUAUUCUCAUCACUUGUCUACUUGAUAUUGUAUUGAUAACAUUGUAUUGAUACUGUAAGGAGAAAUUCUGUCUUGGUCACACUCAUAGGAGGUUUUUUUGGAUGUAUGAGGAAAAAUGAUGUGAAGAUCAUGUAGUGUACAGUAGAACCUUUGAUUACACAUUGUUAUUGCUGUACAAAUGCAAUAAGUUGCAGCAAGUUUAAUUGUAGUGUUGCUGCACAUUUUCAACAGCACAUUUUUCACUCUUUGCCAUGCCAACCAGAAUUGUCAAAAUAAAACAUACCAUUUGCC